AUGCUUAAAAUAACAGAAAGACUAAAAGUAAAAAUACUAAAUGAUGGUAUUUUAGAUACCGAUGAAUCUUUUCAGAAGGCUCAAUGGCUAAUUGAUAUAAUUAACAGAGCAGAGUGUGAACAUGAGGAAGGCAGAAGUCAUCAAAUUUUACUUGAUGACAAAGAGCUAGAAAGCCUUCAAAGUCCAUUUCCUGACAGUGAUUUAAAAAAGGCUAUUCAGGCCUUGAAAAAUGGUGGAGUUGAUCUGAAUAAUUUAGUUGAUUAUGAAAAAAAGAAACGAGAGACCCAAAUUAAUAAGGCAAGAACAGAUUUAAGCAUCGUAGGCGUGAAAGGUAACGUUGAAAUGAGAAAUUUUUCUCCCUUUGAUGAUUCACCACGUGACAUUGCGAGUUCUUAUAUUACACAAAGUAUUGCAAACGUGGGAGGAAGUGUUAAACUAACCGGUGACUUUGCACCACGGCGACGAACAAAAACAAC